AUGGCAAUGGGGGUCACAUACGACCAGCAGGCCAUCGAGGGCAUUUGCAGCCGGCUUCGAGUGCUGGUGCAAGACUCCUUCCAGAAGCACCUCUACGUCUCCGCCAUCUUUUUCGCUGACCAACUGGUAGCGCUGAAGCAGGAGCCGGAGGAGAUAUACACCCUGGCGGAGUGCUAUUUCAAGAAUCGGGAGUACAGAGGACGCGUUCUGCACCUGCUGAAGAAGCACAGCGCCACCACGGAGCGCAGCGAUCAGCUGAAGCUGCUGGUGGCCCAGAGCCUCAUGGAGUGCCGGGACUGGGAAGCUCCGCGAUACCUGGAAACCAACUGGCCGGAGGACGACGGAGCUUCAGAUCCGAAGUCGGCGGCCUGUUUGGCGCUGCUCCGGGGCAAGGUUUACGAAGCCAUGGAGAAUCUGGAGUGGUACGAGAAGGCGGCCCAGCUGGACGCCUACUGCCACGAAGCGCUGGAGCGCUUGGUUGGUAGCCACCGACUCACUCUUGAGCGCGAGAUCGCGCUCCUCAAGAGCUUGAAGCUCCACAAGGAAGAUGAGUGGCUGCGGCAUCUUUAUGCAGCAAAGCUGGCAGCCAACCGCAGUAGCAAUGAGAACCCGCUGGAGGCCAGCGCAGAAGGUGCGACAGUCCUGGGAGACUGGAAGCGCGACAGGAGGCAGAACUUGCGACAAGGAGGCCCCGAAGCUGAGGGCUAUCCCUGCGAGUUCCUGCCGAAGGCCUUGGCGGAGAGCGGGCACGCGCGGGCGGCGCAGUCCGCGCGGUACUUUGGCCAGGCGGGGUGGAACGUGGCCAACAUCUUCACCGGCUGGGUGGACGUGGACCUCUCGGAGAAGGGCCUUGGGGAGGCCAAGGGCGCCGGAGAGCUCUUGAAGGCUGAGGGUCUGCAGGUCGAUGUGGCCUACACCUCCUUCCUCAAGCGUGCCAUCAAGACCUGCAAUUUGGCCCUGGAGGCGGCUGACCAGCUCUACGUGCCGGUGAGCAAGACCUGGCGCCUGAACGAGCGCAUGUACGGUGGCCUGACAGGCCUCGAUAAGAAGGAGACGGUCGUGAAGCACGGUGCUGAGCAGGUGCAAGUCUGGCGCCGCAGCUUCGACAUCCCCCCGCCUGUCCUGGAGAAGGAGAGCAAGUACCACCCCUGCCAUGAGGCGAAGUAUGCGGGUAUGGACCCGAAGGACCUUCCGGACACCGAGUGCUUGAAGGACACCAUCGCCCGCGUGAUGCCCUACUGGGAGGAGACCAUCGCCCCCAUGCUGAAGCAGGGCAAGACCGUUUUCGUGGCCGCCCAUGGAAACUCCAUCCGCGCCAUCGUCAAGAUGAUCGAGGGCCUCUCUGACGACCUCAUCCCAGGGCUCGAGAUCCCCACCGGCACGCCUUUGGUCUACGAGCUCGACAAGGACCUGAAGCCGAUCGCCUCCUCCUUGGCCGUGGAGCCGCUGAAGUUCGGGCGAUACCUGGGCGACGCGGAGAAGAUCAAGGCCGCCGCGGAGGCGGUGAAGAACCAGACCAAGGUCGGCUGA